UCCUGGUUGAGUUUGCUGAAAAGAAGCUGCAGCAGAUCUUCUGAACAGCGGUGAGCAAUUCAAGAGCCGAUGGAGGAGAACAAGGAGAGUGAAGAUCUGCGUGAGGAACAUCAUGACAAACCUGGAGAAAAACCUUUCAGUCACUCAAAGGCUAAAAAGACAUUUUCAAAGAAAAGAAGAGCCGAGAAAACUUUCCCCUGCGCUCAGUGCGGGAAGAGCUUCAAACGUGAAUCAAGUCUUGAGAUCCACAUGAGGAUCCACGCUGGAGAGAAGCCAUUCGUGUGUGUCCAGUGUGGAAAGAGUUUCAUGGACAAGUGGAAACAUAAAAGACACAUGAAAAUCCACACCGGAGAGAAACCGUUUACAUGUGAUCAAUGUGGGAACAGUUUCGUGGAUUCGGCGUACCUUAAGAUUCACAUGAGGAUCCACACUGGAGAAAAGCCCUUUACUUGUGAUCGGUGUGAAAAGCGAUUCUCAACCAAGCAAAGUCUUGAGCUUCACUUGAGGGUUCACACUGGAGAGAAACCAUUCAUGUGUGUACAGUGUGGAAAGAGGUUCUCGGGAAAAACAAACUGUCAGCGUCACAUGAGGAUCCACAUCGGAGAGAAGCCGUUCAUGUGUGUUCAGUGUGGGAAGAGGUUCUCGAGAAAAACAAACUGUCAGCAUCAUAUGAGGAUCCACACCGGAGAGAAGCCGUUCAUGUGCGAAUGGUGUGAAAAGACAUUCUCAGUUAAAAAAAACCUUAAAGAGCACAUGAAAAUCCACACCGGAGUGAAGCUGUUCACAUGUGAUCAGUGUGAAAAGGCAUUUUUCUGUUCGUCAGACCUGAAGAAACACCAGAGAGUCCAUACGAAGGAGAAGCCGUAUUCAUGCUCUGAGUGUGGAAAGAGUUUUUCACAGCUCCAAGGUUUACGUAGCCACGAGAAAAUACACACUGGUGUGAGAGAGUACAUGUGCUUCGAGUGUGACAAGACUUACAUUUCGGCGAGCCAUUUAAAGCAGCACCAGAUGAUUCACACUGGAGAGAAACCUUACAAGUGUUCACACUGUGACAAGAGAUUCAAUUUGUCGUCCAAUCGGAAAGCGCACGAGAGGACCCACAGCAGAGAGAAACCGCACACGCGUGUGAUCAGUGCGGAAAGAGUUUUACUGUUAAAAGAUGCCUGAAGCUACACAUGAGGAUCCAUGCGGUGCAGAAACCAGUUAGUGAAGAAACCAGUUAGCUUCCUAACAGUCAGGAUGAUUGACCUGGACAUUUUGUUUGGCAUUAUACUGCCACAGAAAGCACACGUACGUCUGCAAGAUGUCUGUUAAAGAUCUCUUGAUCUGGAAAGCAUCUGCUGUCUACAAACGUCUGGCAGACAUCUUACAGAUGUCAGUUUUAUAUACAUUCUAAAUCAUAAACAUCUUAAAGACAUCUAAUUGAUGUCUAUUUGACAUCUAAAAGGAAAGAUACCGCAGAUGAGCGAAGACUCUAAAUAAUACGUUUUGCUGAUGGAAAUGUAGACAUCUAUCAGAGGCAGGUUUUUGAACAUGUAAGCUUUUCUCGCUGUUCUAAAUGAUGACGAUCUGUGCUGUUUUACAUGACGUUAAUUAGGAGAACCAGAGUAGAGAGCUGACACCAUUCAUUUGCGCAGUUCACGAUCAUUUACGAUUAAUAGGUUUCACACCCACGUUUUCUCUUCAGUCUAUAAAUCACUCGUACGCAUAUUCGCAAAAUGAUCACAAGAUCAUUGAGGCCCCAGAUAAUUCAUUCAUAGCAUUACAGCAGAAAAGACCAUUUAUAAGGGAAAGAGAACCUUGUAAGAAUAGGCCUUAAUGCUUUUUAAAGGGACACAUCUGGACACAUCUGUAUUUUUUAACUUGAGCCAACGAAUAAUAAUUUGUUUGUAAUUUACAGUAAAGAAAUCCACACUGUAGACUUUCUAACGAUGACACUGGAUGAGCUUUGUGUUUAUACAUCCCUGUCAUUAUAUUCUUCUACUUUAUACUGUUCAGUGCUUUGAUGCAACCUGUGUUGUUAAAAGCGCUAUAUAAAAUAAAAAUGAUUGAUUGAUUGUUUAAUGUGCAUGCGCUGGCCUUUGCCUAAUUCGUCAAAACAAAAAUUAAUUACUUGAGCUCUUUAUGGUAAAUAUUUAGAUUGAAGUUGAGUUGUCGCUCACUUGCAAUGAAAUCAGUUAAUGUUGCCCUUUCAAAGUGGCUCCCGCCUUCUGAAUGUUUGCCAUAAUUACCGCAUCUUUCAGAUUCUGCGAACCAUGCAAAGCAAAAGGCUAACAGGCACGCAAAGAAGUACAGUUCCUAAUGCAGGUGUGAGUUAUCGUCAUCUAUUUUUGAGUGAUUGCAAUGCAUUCUAAAUAUUGACUUGUUCUGUCAACCAGCGUGAUUUCUGGACAAGUCAUUCUCAAGUUUAUAACAAGUUUAAAUGAGCAUGAGCGCAGUUGAUGCAACACUUCGAGUUUGAUGGUACAAUAAAAUAACGAAUUGUGAUAAUAAAUUGUAUUUUACACAAUAAACUACAGAAUUUUUUGAAUGUGAUGCUACUGUACUGUA